CCCAGAUUUCGUAGAAGCGAUAGCAUAGCAUCAAGGAGCUAACAAGUGUUUACAGUACAUACGUACCUUGUUUAUUGGCCAGAUAGUCGUAGUUUCGUAUACCAAGGUAUCGAAAGGCACUUACAGAAUAGAAAUUAAAGAUAAUACUUGAAAGUACAGAAAUGGCUGCUGAUUGGUUGGGCAGUUUGGUGUCUAUUAAUUGCGGACCAACUCUGGGGGUGUACCAAGGAGAAGUGUCAUCCGUGGACCAGAGCAGUCAGACUAUUUCACUGAGACAGCCUUUCCACAAUGGAGUCAAAUGCCCAGUUCCAGAGGUGACGUUUAGCGCUAUUGAUAUAAAGGAUCUAAAGAUUUUGGAUUUUGGGAAAGGCAGCACAAGAAACAGCACCUCUAACAAGUCAAACACGACUCCAGUUGCUGUGCCAAAAGGUGAUCCCCGAACUGUGGAGAAGGUCAACUCUCCUCAGCACUUUUCCAAAAGCUAUGGAGAGCGUCACCUGGAAGUACCUGGUCAACCAAAAGGAUUUCGUAAAAGACAUAAUUCAUGGUCAUCAAGUAGUCGAGGAGCAAAUCAAGUCACACCAAAAAAGAACGGAGUCAAAAACGGUGGUGGCCAAAUGAAGCAGAGAGAUGAUGAGUGUUUUGGUGAUGGAGUAGAUGAUGGCCUGGACACUGACUUUGACUUUGAGGGAAAUCUGGCACUUUUUGACAAAGCUGCAGUUUUCUCAGAGAUUGACAUUUCAGAGCGUCGAAAUGGAGCGAGAUCACGAGGGACACCCCAAGACCAGACGCCUUCCCGCUAUCGCCACGAUGAAAACAUCCUGGAGGCCAAACCUAUUGUGUACAGACAAAUUGCAGUGCCUCAGCCAGGGGACAAGGAAUACUGCACUGAUUCAGGGCUUGUGGUCCCAAGUAUUUCCUAUGAGCUGCAGAAACGGCUCUUGGCUGUUGCAGAGCGAUAUGGACUCUCAUUGGAUAGAAGACUUGAGAUGACUGGUGUUUGUGCAAGUCAAAUGGCGCUUACACUGCUCGGAGGGCCCAACAGGUUUACUCCAAAAAAUCUCCAUCAGCGCCCAACCGUGGCUGUACUAUGUGGCCCUCAUGUUCAGGGGGCUCAGGGCAUCAGCUGUGGACGCCACCUGGCCAAUCACGAAGUCGAAGUCAUCCUGUUUCUGCCCAAUUUUGUCAAGAUGCUUGAUUGUGUGACCAGUGAACUUUCCCUCUUCAACAAAACAGGAGGCAAACAAGUGUCAAAUGUUAAAGAUCUUCCGGACACACCAGUGGACCUAAUCAUUAACUGUCUGGACUGCCAUGAAAACACAUUCCUGAUGGACCAGCCUUGGUACAGAGCAGCAGCAGACUGGGCAAACCAGAACAGGGCCCCAGUCCUCAGCUUGGAUCCUCCUGCAAGUGGACAGGGGCAGGCCGUGGAGGCCAAAUGGUCACUGUGUCUUUGCCUCCCCUUCUCUCUGGCUGAGGGGGCUGGGAGAGUUUAUUUGUGUGACAUAGGUAUACCUCGACAGGUUUUCCAGGAAGUAGGGAUAAAAUUCCAUUCUCCAUUUGGGUGCAAGUUUGUCAUCCCACUGCAUUCAGAAUAAUGGGACCAGACACUUGACACAAUUAAUGCUUCAUUAAAGAAGCACAAUGUAACUUUUCUGGCGGAGGGUUCGCCACAUGCUUGAAUCCAUUGAGAUGUUAUUGGUUUACUUGGAAUGUUCCACGUUAUGUUUUACACUUGCACUUAGAUUGAGUUACAGGUGUUAUCAUUGCUAAAACAAAUACCAUAAAAAACAUCCUUUAUUACUGUGAUCAGAUUUGUUACCAUAGAGAUUGGUUUAAUGCCAUACUAUGGAACAUUCCAGGCAAUAACUUGCCCAUUCUAAGAAGGUAUUGGACCUACCUCCAGAAAAGUCACAUCUUACCAUACCAUUUUGGGUUUUGCCGCCUUAUCUUUGAUCUUGGCCUAUUUUGAAACUAAAGUUAACAUGUUAAAAGUUCCGGGUUUAAAGUUAGGCCAGCAAUAAUUAUGAAUAGUUUUUUGUUAUCUAUUGAUGAUAGAGACAUGUCAGUAUCAAUAGACAAUCUUUACUUAUAAAGUAAGGUCUAAAUAUUUACCUUUAAUUUGACUUUGAAGCCAAACCCGUGAUAUCAAUCACUUAUAUCCUGCCAUGCAUCGUUCCCUUGUUCUUUGUGUUUGUGAAAUAUGUUAAAAUGUAUUUCCAUUGACACCAAUGUGAAACAGGGUGCCUGUGAACCACCCUUUGAGGCAGCUGCUUGAGAGUAUGGGAUUGAGAUUUGCUUAUUAGGCUGCUAUAACAAGGGCUCUACGACAUAUAGCAAUGUCAGGUAUUAUUUGUUUAAGAAAAGCAUUAUGGCAGUGCAAUCCAUUUAUUUUUUUACUUGCCACUGCAUACAAAGCUAGCAGUGUACAUUUCAUUGAGUAGAUUAGAGGGGGGAAACUGAAGAUGUGGCUUUGAUUUUAUUUUAUCUGUGAAAAAGAUAAAUAAUGCAUGACUCUUUCUAUAAAAGGCCUUCAGUAGCUAAUGGAGUGGCCGAUGCAUAAUGUCAAAAGAAUCUGAACACAUUGUGUUGCUUUUGCUGCUUUAUGGACCCUUACAGGGUUUGGGAGUCGGACCACAUUGGUUUUUAAUGUGUCCAGUAGUGAGGCACUUAUGACAGUCUGAGCUAUGGAGUCGGAACUGCCAACAUUUUAUACCUAAAAAACCCAUUAAGUAUUAAGUGGAUUUUAAUUGUAUAAAGUGUAGCUUCCACUCAAGUUGGUAUCUCAGGUUGAUUGGAUGACUGUGGUCAGGUUACUGUGUGAUUACAGGGCACCUACUUUGGGGAAAUUACUAUAAAAUGUACUAAGGCCUCGUCCUAUUCCAACAUUCCUCGGGCUUGAUGUGUUUUGUCCCAUCUGUUGAAACAAGUCUGGCUUCGCAACACCAGCAGCCAGUGUUAUUGAAUGUUCAUUUUUGUCUUUGGCCGCCAGAGGGGUGUCUAAACAGCACUGCCUUGGCUCUUCCUUAUUUCUCUGUUUGGGACAGUUGAAAUUACAGUUUCUCUACAAAAUGUGAUUGUGAACAUUGUCAUAUAAGAGGCGGUAAUUACGAUUUGAAUCACAGAUCACAAUGUUGUUACAGUGCGGACUGACAAAAGGUAAUGUUAAGACUUACAAAAGGAGUUACUUUUCUCAUAACAUCACUAGCACUCUACUCGACCAAAUAUGACAAGCAUUUCCGUCUGGAAUUGAAGAUUAUUGUCAAUGUGCAAAAACUCUUAUUUGUCAACUCUGCAAAAAUAAAUCUGCAUAAAUAAACACAUGAUUUCAUUUAUUGCCCUGAAGGGAAAUGGCUAUAUAUUGCUAAAACCUGCCUAAAAUGUGCACAUAUCCUAUUUUUAGUCUGGUUUACCAUUAACGCGCAUGUGCAAAGCCAAACCAAGGUGGGGCGAAAAGUUGAAUGUUUCUGUCGGCGAAAGCGUUUAGAAUUGGGACAAGAAUGAAGUUACGUUGAACAAGUGAAAGUGAACUAAAAGAACGGGAAAUCGUUCGCUUCCUGCAUAGGUUUAUCUU